GCCUGCCAUUGAAGAAACCUGCUGAUGCCAGCAGCAAAUGCAGCACUAGUAGUAGUAGGGCGCCAAUUGCACUUCGAAGGAUGGCGUCUUCGCAGCUCUGCAUCCAACAGAGGUCCUUCCUGGUUCCAGGAUCCUCCAAGGGAGCUUGUGUGGGCGCUCGUUUGAAACUCUUCUAUGUAAAUCAGAGCUAUGCACACCAAUCAGCAAAGAAUGGGGUCACGCGAGCUGCUUCAGCUGCUCAAUCCUCCACAGAAGGGUCUGCAGAAUUCGAUCUCGAAGGCAUGUGGCGGGAGGCACGUAUGAGAAGAGGACGGGCAGCAAUGAGGGCUUGGUGGUAUGCAUUGCGAUUACAACAAGCGGAGAAGGAAGCUGAGAUUGCUGAUCUGAACUAUGCCCAAGCCGAAGAAUUUGCACGCAGGAUGGAGAUGGAAGAGGGGAGGGCGGUGAUGCGGUUCUGGUGGUUGGACUGCCAACUCCGAGCGCUCGACCCCGCCCGUCCGCCCCCGCCACCUUUGAAUCGAACUCGCAGAAAACAAUCCGUACGGCAAGCUGUGCUGUCCGGACGUCAGGGAAAGCUGGGGCCGGCAUCCGAAAAGCCUCCGGCCCCGUCCAAACCGAAGACGAUCAUCACUAAGGAUGCGGCGAGGGCACAGGCGCUGGCCGUCCCACUGGACGAGCUGGUGAGUAUCGAGGUACAAAAAGAACGAGACGCCGCGCGGAGAAAGGUGCUCGAAGCGCAGGCCGAACGGCAGAGGACGAUGGACGUGGGGCGGGCGGCGAUGAGAAAAUGGUGGAUUCAGGAGCGGGAAGCCACCAAACGCGCGCUCGGGCUGCCGCCAUACGGACCCGUUUGGACGGUCGUUCGAAAAGACGGCAAGGAAGGACCGAUCAGCAUCGGAAAGAUGCCACUCAUCGUCGGGUCUGACGUCAGCAGGAUGGAGAAGGUGGUUCCGGUUCAAUUGGACUAUCCAACGGUGUCAAGAGUGCAUGCCAAGAUCUUCGGCAAGGAGGUCUUCUCUUACGGCGAGUACGUGCGAGAGUACUUUGUGGUGGACCUUAAGAGCACCAACGGCGUCAGGCUCAACCGCACCUUUCGGCUUCGACCGGGAGACGAGUAUAGGUUAAGCGACGGAGACACGCUCUUUCUCGGCGAAGAGGCGGCGACUCUGGUCAUCAAGAACCCUCAGAAGAGCCCUUAGAUAUUACGGCUUUUUGGCAGUCAUUGACUGCACCCCUAGAAUGCCUGAGCGCAGGCCUUCUCUUUACUUGCUUUUGACCUUAAAUACAGAGGUGGUAUCUUGCUAAGUCUUAGCCCUUUAUACCCGCGGCGCAUGUGUUUGAGGUAGAGGCUGCUACCGGUCAAAGAUUGUUUUUCGAAGCUUCAAUUGAGACGUUCGUAAUGAUACGAUCAACAUUGGUUUACGUUGAAAGAGACUAGCGCAUAAGCAGCAGAAAUUGAAUAGUUCAUGCCAGGUACUAGUUGCGAGAGAGGGCCGCAGUGGUAUACUACCUAUACGCUACUUUUGCAGCUCCAGCAGCGCAUAGCCCAAUUUAGUCGAUUACGGUCACCAAAGCUCGGUCAGGCUCCGCCGUACCAGACACUUAGCAAGUCCUUGAGGGCUCCCUCAGGGAUGUACGACUCAAGAAAGUAGCUAGGAAACCCAAUGUCCGGCCAAUGUUGAUGACGUAUGUUGCCGCCGACCAGCUGACGUACGCACCGCCUUUGUAGAACAAUCAACGUUUACAAGGCUCCAUAUGAGAUCCCACUUGCAAUUAUCAC